CUUGGCAUGCAUACGUUGAUGAGUAACCAGCAGUACUAUGAGGCACUCGGGAGCACCACUAUCGUUAACAAGGAAGGCCUGAACAGUGUGAUUAAGCCAACGCAAUAUAAACCAGUUCCCGAUGAAGAACCCAAUUCAACAGAUGUAGAAGAAACUUUGGAACGAGUGAAGAACAAUGACCCUAAACUCGAGGAAGUCAACCUUAAUAAUAUUAGGAAUAUUCCCAUACCGACUUUAAAAGCAUAUGCUGAAGCACUGAAGAAUAAUUCCUAUGUAAAGAAAUUAAGCAUAGUAGGAACAAGAAGCAAUGACCCUGUAGCCUAUGCACUGGCUGAGAUGUUAAAAGCCAACGGUGUAUUGAAAAGCUUGAAUGUGGAAUCCAACUUCAUUUCUGGGUCCGGGAUCCUGGCUCUGAUCGAAGCACUGCAGCACAAUACUUCAUUGAUCGAGCUCAAAAUUGACAACCAGAGCCAGCCGCUGGGCAACAAGGUGGAAAUGGAGAUUGCAAACAUGUUAGAAAAAAACAGUUCCCUUUUGAAGUUCGGGUAUCACUUUACACAGCAAGGUCCCCGGCUUCGUGCAUCUAACGCCAUGAUGAACAACAACGACCUUGCUCGUAUACGUCGCUCUGAUGGCCCCUGGCAUAACUUCUCGGCUCUGCAACUGGACGAUGUAUAAUGAGGAAGAGGAGACUUGCAGACUUGAAUGGGCCUUUCUAUCCCAAGUGCCGAACUGGGGUGUAGUUCCCGGCUGUGAAGAUCGUGCCUGGUGGUUUGUGCUAUACCCUGGAAAUCUGAAGGCAAAGUGCCUGCACAAAAUAUCUGUGGUGCCUCAGUUCUGUGUUGCAUAAUUAUGCACUAAAGGUUUAAAUUAACUAGCGAUUGUAGGUGACGAUUUGAUCAAAUAUCACUAAUGAUGUUUUCUUUAGAGUCAAGCCAAGUCAAUCCAGUUGCCAGUUUUAAGCAGGCUUGGUUUAAAAUACAUCACAGCACAACAGUGACUGUUAAUUCACCCAUGACUUAAUUUCUCUUAGGAUUUCCUGUGUGGUUUUUCAGAUAUAUUUAGGAUGUGUUAUGCAUGAGUGGAAAAAAUUACUGCUCUAUACAAGUUGCAUAAGUAUUUAAAAAAAUACUUUAUUUUUUCAACUUGCUUAUCUGUUUGACAAGCAUUUCUACUCUCCCACCACAAUGCUCACCCAUCCCUUUCAAGGACUUGUCAAUUACAAUUAAUUACCAACAUUUGCUGACUUUAUCUCCAGACAGGAUGUCAAAAGCACCCAUAUUUCCCCAAAAAAGAAUUCAUGUCUUUUUUAUUCAUCCCCUCCCCCCCAUGAAAAAAAUGUAAGGCCACUGAUUAUAAAGUAAUGGCUCCAUAAAAACAGAGCAGUGGGUAUUACACGGGAUGUUAAAAUCUUCCUGUCUCCUUUCGCAGGGAUACGGAAAACCAUUGCUUUAAGAGAUUGGGAAUGAAAUCCUGUCUCCACUGAAGUCAGGCGCAAACUCUCACUGACUUCAAUAGGGGCAGGAUUUCCGCCUGGAUUUUCUCUGGAAAUAGGCCUCCUGUGCUUUUACUGGGUCUUGUAAUGAGUAUGCUGGAGCCCUCUCGUCAUGCUGGGUUUCUGGCGGGGUGGCGGUUUUAUUUAUCUGUAAAACUUCUUGUUCUGCUAGAGAUUUAUUUUACCAACAUCCCAAAUUUCUGACCAGUGAACCCUAAUAAAGAAAUUACUUGAAAAUACCCUGCCUGUGAAUCCAGGUAGUCCAGGAUGCCAUUUGAGUAGAGUUGGAUAAACAUAACAGGCAGUUGGGUUUGUGAGGUGAUAAAAACCCACUGCCUUUCUAGGGGGGAAUUUCCAGCAGGUACAUGCAGCCUCUGAUCAUACAGUGGGUUCCUCACCAGCAGGCCAUUAACCCCCAGCAACUCCCAUUGCCUCCAGCGCGCGACUGGGCUGCACAGCAGGAAGUCUGCCCAUGCAGAGCCAGUGCCAGAGGGUGGCCUUGGUUUAUACACCUAAAGAAUCCAUCCCAACACUCUUUUCCACAUCAGAAUCAGCCUACUGCUGUUCCCAGUGCGUUCUGCAGUCUGGGCAUUGUGGUACAGCAAACCUGCCACUCAUUUCAACAGAAUUUUUGCAUGUAUCAGGAUUGCAGGCUUUGGCCCUGAUUUGCUAUCUCUGAAUAUUACACUUUAACCUUGAGUGGGAAAUACAAACGUGUUUGAUUGUUGCUCUUGAAAUCAUAAUAAAUGUGUCAGAAAUCACAAAUAAAAUGCUUCAAUGCAGUUUUUUGUAAAAUCCCAUAAGAAUGAUUAGGGAAUAUUGCAAAACCAGAAAGCGGCAUGAUAAGCCCAAUGCCAGUUGGACAGCCAUAGUCCCACCAGACACCUCCCAAAGGCUUUAGCAAAAUCAAUGAAAACAUCAGUCCAGAUGCCAUUUGAUCGCUAACAGCAGAGUUGUCUGCUCAGGUGUGCGCAGAACUAACUCAGCAUCAGUGUCUGCUCUCCCACUGACUCAGGGGAAUGGAAGUUGUUCUCCCCUGGCACAUGCUGCUUGCCCUGGUGCCCAUGGGGAAUCUGGGUGUAUGGGGGCAGUGCAGAAUGCGCUAAGCGGGACCCUGAUGUGCAGACCUGAGAGGAGGAUUUUAAGCAAUAACCUUUUCCUUUUCCAUGCCGUAGUAGCAUCUAAAUGCCCCUGGCAGUUGAAACACAUGGUUGGAGGACUCUGGGCUUGUGUGUGACAGGCAUACUCAUGCUGGUGACUGUGCCAGAAUUACAUGGGUAAGUGAGCAAGCGCUUACCCAGCAGAGCAAGGAGUUGCACAGUUGCCUGGGGAAAAGCAUCAGGCUCUGUAGCAGCUGUGCUGCCGAGCAGUAAUGAUGAAGGGUCUCUAGUUCUUGAGGAAAAGGGGAUCCAUCCCUACAGCGAGCACCAUGCCUGCCUGUGCGCAGACUCGCCUGCUUGGAACUGCCGAGCCAUGGAGCUAACAUACCUUCUCAGAGGCGUCACAGCAGUUGUGCUGAGUCAGCUAAGUGGCGAGUCAGCAUUUUAAGUUGUGUCAGUGGUUCUUUAGAUAUAGGUAACAAAGACCCGCGCACAGCCAGACCCCAGGGGUUGCCUACGCACUAACCCUUAGAAUAUGGAGGACAUGGAGUGUACUUGCCUUCUAGGCUGGAGAUGAGUGAAACAGUCAUGGGGGCAGCUGCCCCCUCUUACCUCCUGCGCCAGAAUAGCAACUCCCCCCCCCCCAAGUCUCCUGUUCCUCCCCCACAAAGCACUGGAACCACCUCACCCCCUGCAUAAAGGAGCCAAUUGCUUCUCCUGCCUUGUAGCGGGUCUGGGCUUAUGUCCUACUCAGCACUGGUCCAGCCUCCUUAGCCAGCGCCUGACCAUCUCACCCCUGCCAUGGGUAAUGGGGAGACUCUCAACCCUGGGGGGGGGGCGGCAGGAUGCAGUAUGGUUUGGGGGUAGAGCCCCUCCUAGGAGCCAGAAACCCUCCCUAGACCAGCACCUGGUUAGCAGGCUGCUUGCUUGGCAUGAGCUGAAACCCAGCUGCCAGUCACAGGUUUCCAAAGGGUUAACAGCAGCACACGCACGGACGACGUGGCACUGCCCCAGAGCCGUACAGACAAGGCGCAGCA